AUGACCGACCGACCCCCGCCGCUCAAGCGCCGACGAGUGUCGAGCUCGGCCGAAGACAUGCAACACAGCAUCGUCGACCCGGGCACCAUCAAAAUCAAUGUCAGCGGAGCAUACAUAAUCGAUAACGGCGAGGCCCAAUCGCCCGCCAGCGACAGCGGAGUCGAGGAACAAGGCUAUGAGCAUGACCGUCGCGAUAUCCGUCUGCCGAACCAUACCUCGGUCGUCAGCCACGUUGCCGCAGACAUCGGCGGCUCCCUUGCCAAAGUCGUUUACUUCUCACGCGAGCCGGGUGCGAAAGAGCCGGGAGGUCGUCUACACUUUUUGCGCUUCGAGACGGAGAAGAUUGAUACGUGUAUCGAGUUUAUGCGUGAGCUACAAAAGAAGCAGAAGAGAGCCAAUGGAGGCAAGCAGUCGGAGCUAUGCGUCAUGGCUACCGGUGGUGGUGCUUUCAAGUACUACGAUCGCAUAAAGGAAAGGUUGGGUGUCGAUGUUAUGAGGGAGGAUGAGAUGGAGUGCUUGAUCCAAGGCCUGGACUUCUUCAUCACUGAGAUCCCGAAUGAGGUCUUCACCUACCACGACGAGGACCAGGACAACCUUAUACACUACACCGACGCUCGCCCCGACGUGUACCCAUAUCUUCUUGUCAACAUUGGCAGUGGUGUGAGUAUGAUCAAAGUCGAGGGACCCUCCAAAUUCCAGCGUAUCGGUGGAACAUCACUCGGUGGUGGUACCCUUUGGGGUCUGCUUUCUCUGCUCACCGGAGCACGCACUUUCGACGACAUGCUAGCAAUGGCAGAUGCUGGAGACAACUCGACAGUAGAUCUGCUAGUCGGCGACAUCUACGGCCAAGGGAUGGGAUACGACAAGAUUGGCUUGAGCGAGAGGACCAUUGCCAGUUCAUUUGGCAAAGUCUUCAAGCGUAAAAGAGAGGCAGAGCAAAAUGCCGAGGACGGACAACUACAGCAUGAAGAUGGCCCAGAGAGAUACGAUACAGCAACACCAGAAGGUGCUGCUAAGCAACAAUCAGAUCGCAAAUUCGAUAUCGGCGAGGGUCGUAUGUUUGCACCCCAAGACAUCUCACGGAGUCUGUUAUACGCAGUCAGGUUGGUUUUAUCCCAUUCCUACAUCACAAGCUUGCAGCUCACUGACCUUGCAACAACANGUAACAACAUCGGUCAAAUCGCCUACCUCCAAUCCGAAAAGCACAAUCUCAAGCACAUAUACUUUGGUGGCAGCUUCAUCCGCGGUCAUCGCCAAACAAUCCACACCCUAUCCUUUGCCAUCAAGUUCUGGAGCAAAGGCAACAAGCAAGCAUACUUUUUGCGUCACGAAGGCUAUCUCGGUGCAGUAGGUGCAUUCCUAAAACGACAACCCAGAAACUUUGGCCGAAGGGCUAGUGUUCAUGAUGAGGAGUGA